AUGGUGCCAUUAGGCUAUAAUGAUAAACACUUUUCGUAUGUACAAGACUGUCAGCAGCAGGCUACAAACAAUUCGCCUAUACAUCAUUACACAGUUGAUAAACUAAACCAACCUUACAGCCAACCCGUGUGCAAAGAACAAUCCCAAAAUACAGUCACGGUGUCCCCAGUAAGCUCUAACAAGAAGGCCCAGAGCUUCUCUUCAUUUUCUCCUCUGAACUCUGCAGUGACUGAAGGCUACCACAGGGCUAUGAAAUCAUCAUCGUCAUCAUUAUACUCCAAGUGCUCACCAACAGCUUCAAAAGACUCCCUCUUGAAAUGUUCGUCACAUCCCUCUUGGAAAUCCUUGGACUCGUCUUGGUCUCACCACAAAUCUCAGGCCUCUACAGCUAGCUUCACUAGUACUUCAUCUAUGGAACCUAGCAAAACAAGUCCGAGAUCAAGGUUACCCCUCCCGAAGACACAGACAUCAUCAAGUUUUGACCUUAGCUGGAAAUCAUCUUCAUUGGAGUCUACUCAAAGAACCUCAACAUCAUCUCCACCUUCCCUCCAACAUCACGAAGCACCUUCUCUAAAUAUCAUCUGGACUACACCUUCUUUGGAAUCUAGCCAAAGUGAACAUAACUCACAAUUAUGUAAAUCUAAGCCACAGAAGGAUUCCUCAUUAGACCGCCUUUGGUCAUCUUUAUUAGAAUCCAGUCAAAAAACGUUGAGCUCACCAUCAUUCACCAACAAAUUUCAAAGAAACAGCUUUCCUCCAACUUCAUCUUCUCUUGAAUCCAACAGAGUGGCUCAGAAUUCAUCAUUACUCGACGGUAAGACUCUGAAAAUUCCUGUAUCAAACUCUAAUAACAAUGUUUGUAGUUUACCAUUGUCCCAAACAAAAUCGAGAAAAUCAGCUCCAUCAUCACAUUCUUUCAUGCCAUCUCGGAGUUUAUCAACGUGCCCGCCCAAACCUAAAAUAAUGACUAGAUGUGAUCCUAGCACCCGGGUCGUCAACGCAACUGUUUGCCACCCCAAGGUCCAGAAUACAGGUUCACUCAGUGACAAACAAAGACUUCGUCAGCUAUCAUCAGUUCAUCCUAAACCAAAUAUGUCAGGCCAAAGAAUAUCAAGUCCUAAGCCCUGUAUCAAGAGCAAAAGUGCUUCAGUUCAGUGUUCCAGACUGCUGAAUAAAUGUAGCUUUGAUAAAAGUGUGAAGUCACAGCCAGAGAAUGAAAUCCUAUGGUCCUUAGAUUACAGUCAUCCCUGCAUUAUUAAAGGUGGUAGUGUUCCUGUUGAUGUUGUAAAUAAAAUUGUCAAUUCCAUCCCCAAGUCUACAAUCCAGAAGGAUCUCUCUAGGCAAAUUCUCUUUCGAAGAAUGAGAGGAAAGCCAAAUCCUCGUCCUGGUCCCCGCCUUUCAUCAACAUAUUCUGUUUGUUUAGAAUGUGCUUCCGCUAUAAAAUCUCAUUGUAACCAUCUUUCAGGAAAGAGAGAUCCCCGAUGCGCAACACUCUUUGUCAUACCAACACCCGAGAGUGGCAACGAUGGAAAAGCAGAUGUGAAAAUAAUCCUUAUCCUUUCUCUACCAGAGACGCCUUCCUCUUCCUGUUUCCAACUUCCUAUGAAAGACAGUCAAUCUGAAAAUAAUUUAGAAGCCAUCGAUGAUAAUCUGGAAGUAUUAGAGAAGAUAACACAGUUUUUCCCUGCAUCCGAAUCUGAUUUUAUCCAGGGGCUCAAGACAAAGCGAAAGUGUUUGGCUGUAUCCUCCGAGAGCAAAGAUAUAAGCCAGGAGCCCCAGUCUAUUGACUGGCUGCUGUACGUUAAAAACAGUAAUGGUCCUCAGUCCCAAACCCAGGUCCAAGGCCCAUCCUCCUCCUCUUCUUCCUCCUGUUCCUCCAUUUCCUCCUCUUCCUCCUCUUCAUCUACUGGACAUCCCUCUCUAUCCACUCCUUGCAUAGAUCCCACUCCUGCGCCUGUUACAGGCUAUGUUCUAGCAAAGGUGAGAAGUUACCACCGGUUACCUCCAGGGACCUCCUGGCUUGAAUUCAUAAGGGGUUCAAAUUCUGACACCACCAAACUAAGACAACCACCAUCAGUCAAAACCAAGCCUGUGAGGUCUCAUAACUCGAAAUCCUUGAAAAAGGGGAGAAGGGAUACCAGCACACUGCUCAGAUAUUUCCAAACAAAGUUUCAAAAUGAGAAAUCUUGAUUAAAUCAACUUUCCAUCUCU